AUGAAUUCUACUUUACAAAUUACAGGUGAUAUGGCAUCAAAAUCGUAUGCAAACAUUUUGGAUUUGGAUCCGGAUAAGCUAUUAGACAUCCCUCAAACUCCCAGAUCUCUUCCACGUGUCAUGACCAUACCUGGAAUCAUCGCCGAUAGCAACAACGACUCCAAUUCCGAUAAAACUUGUCGAGAGAGAAAAAUCAUAGUAGCAAACAUGUUACCUUUACACAUUCAACGCGAUCCCGACACUCUAAAAUUGACCUUCACUUUUGAUGAAGAUUCACUUUUAUGGCAAUUAAAAGACGGAUUUUCUCCCGAAACUGAGUUUAUCUACAUCGGUUCACUCAAAGUCGAAGUAGACGCAACAGAGCAAGAAGAAGUUGCUCAGAAGCUUCUAGAUGAAUACAAUUGUGUCCCCACUUUUCUUCCUCAGGACCUUCAAAAAAAAUACUAUGCUGGUUUCUGUAAACAUCAACUAUGGCCUCUCUUCCAUUACAUGCUCCCCAUGUGCCCGGAUCAUGCUGACCGAUUUGACCGAGUUCUCUGGAAAGCCUACGUGUCUGCUAACAAAAUAUUCGCGGAUAAAGUCAUGGAAGUUGCUAAUCCAGAAGACGAUUACAUCUGGGUUCAUGACUACCAUCUUAUGAUCCUUCCCACUUUCUUGAGAAACCGUUGUAACCGAAUCAAACUCGGUUUCUUCCUCCAUAGCCCAUUUCCAUCUUCAGAAAUCUACAGAACUUUACCUGUUAGAGAUGAAAUUCUUAAAGGACUUUUGAAUUGUGACCUAAUCGGAUUCCAUACGUUCGAUUACGCGCGACAUUUCUUGUCAUGUUGUAGUCGAAUGAUGGGUCUCGAUUACGAAUCAAAACGAGGUCACAUUGGACUCGAUUACUUCGGUCGAACAGUCUACAUCAAGAUUUUACCCGUGGGGAUCCACAUGGGUCGACUUGAAUCCGUUUUAAACCUCCAGAUUACAUUAAGAAAAGUUAAAGAAAUCGCCGAACGUUUCAAAGGUAAGAAGCUUAUAGUCGGGGUUGAUGACAUGGACAUUUUUAAAGGCAUAAGUCUAAAACUACUCGCAUUUGAGUAUCUCCUACAAAUUCAUGUCUCCCUUCGUGGUAAACUCGUUUUAAUCCAAAUUGUGAAUCCCGCAAGAAGCACCGGAAAAGACGUACAAGAAGCGAAACGUGAAACGUAUUUAAUUAUAAACCGAAUCAACGAAGCGUACGGUUCACCGGAAUAUUCUCCGGUGGUUUUGAUCGACCGGCCGGUCGCGCGCUACGAAAAGUCGGCGUAUUACUCGAUGGCAGAUUGUUGUAUAGUGAACGCAGUCCGAGACGGGAUGAAUUUAGUCCCGUAUAAAUACAUCGUAUGUAGACAAAAUUCGCCGAUUUCGGACGAAAACGCCCGUACAAGUAUGUUGGUAGUGUCCGAAUUUGUAGGGUGUUCCCCGUCUUUAAGCGGGGCUAUACGGGUCAACCCGUGGGAUAUCGAAUCGGUUGCUGUAGCUUUAAAUUCGGCUAUAGUAAUGAAAGAAUCGGAAAAGCAGUUGAGACAUUUAAAGCAUUAUAAAUACGUGAGUUCACAUAAUGUCGGGUAUUGGGCGCGUAGCUUUUUGCAAGAUUUGAAACGUGCAUCGAAAGAUCAUGAUAAUAAACGGUGUUGGGGGAUUGGAUUUGGUUUGGGUUUUAGAGUGAUGUCGAUGUCGCCUGGUUUUAGAAAGUUGUCCCCCGAUGCUAUUGUGUCCGCGUAUAAACGGUCGAAUAAACGCGCAAUUUUUUUGGAUUAUGACGGGACACUUGUCGCCCACUCGUCGAUCGUGAAAACUCCAAGCGUGGAAGUUGUUAGAAUUUUGAAUGUUUUGUGUAAUGAUCCGAAGAACACGGUGUUUAUCGUGAGUGGAAGAGGGAAAGACACAUUGAGCGAUUGGCUUGCACCGUGUAAGGGGUUGGGUUUAGCGGCGGAACACGGGUAUUUCAUGAGGUGGGGUGGGAGUUUGGAGUGGGAAUGUGGGGUGGUGGGUGGGGAUCUUGAGUGGAAGGAGAUAGCGGAACCGGUGAUGGAACUAUAUAGGGAGUCAACAGAUGGGUCAACGAUCGAGGUGAAAGAGAGUGGUUUGGUGUGGCAUCAUCAGGAUGCGGAUCCGGAUUUCGGUUCGUGUCAAGCUAAAGAGUUGUUGGUUCAUUUGGAGAAUGUGUUAGCCAAUGAGCCGGCUUUGGUUAAACGGGGACGACAUAUAGUUGAAGUAAAACCUCAGGGUGUGAGUAAAGGGUUGGUGGCGGAGAAGGUAGUUUGUGGGAUGAUUGAGAAAGGAGAGGCCCCGGAUUUUGUAUGCUGUAUUGGGGAUGAUAGAUCUGAUGAGGACAUGUUUGAAAGUAUAAUGAAUAUGAUUCCAAAUCCAAAUACAAAUACAAAUACAAAUAGUAGGUGUGGAGAGGGAGUAGAGAUAUUUGCAUGUACAGUUGGAAGGAAGCCAAGUAAAGCCAAAUAUUACCUUGAUGACACUGUGGAUGUGGUGAGACUGCUGUCAGGGCUUGCUAACGCUUCGGAUCCUAAGCCUAGUAGUAAUCCCGCUAGCUUUCAGGUUACUUUUGAUGCGGUUUUUUGAGGAGAGGCAUAUCACGUGUACAUGUACAGUUUUGUUUUUUUUUUCUUUUUGAAAAAUGAAAACUCUUUCUUUUACUUUAGUUAUAGCUGGGUCUGGGUGAGAGGUAUCAAAGCUGUUUGGAUGCCGGUUACGUUUGUUUCUAGUGGAGUUUUGGUUUUAUAAAAACACAAGAGUGC